AUGGGUGUUGAACUAUCCAGAAGCUUUUGUACCCGUGGUACACGAACCGAAGUCCUCGACCGUAUCCUAGCCUGGGUAACUGAGUCUAAUCUCAAUGACAAUCAUUCUGGAGGCUACUGGAUGUCCGGCAUGGCCGGAACCGGAAAAACCACAAUCACUAUGUCCCUCUGCAAGGAGCUCAAGGAAACCCAUGGCAUCCUUGCCGCGACUUUCUUCUGUUCCCGCCAAAUUCCUGAAUGUCAAGAUUACAAAUUGGUUAUUCCGACUUUGGUUUAUCAACUAGCGAUGUUCUUUCCUGAUUUUUCUGCUCUGGUUCAGAACGUUCUAGAUGGAGAUGUGCAUGUUAUGCAUAAGAAGUCUUCAGAGCAGAUUCAGAAGCUCUUGAUAGAGCCCUGGGGGAUGCAGAAAGAUUUACAUCCAUCUAUGAGGAUGGUGGUGGUUAUUGAUGCUCUAGAUGAGUGCAAUGGUAUUGAAUCAGUCCUUGGUCCCUUGGUGUCUGCUAUCCAAAACAAAAAAUUGACUGGAUUGAAGUUCUUUUUCACCAGCCGCCCUGAGCAGGUCAUUGAAGAAGGGAUGAUAACUAAAAUCACCAGCACCCAGGAGAUUCUUCAAGUGGAUGAGUUUGUUCUCCACCAAGUGGAAUAUAACCUUGUUCAAAGGGACAUUCACACUUACAUCACAGAUGAACUGCAUGAUUUAUCUCUUUCACAAGAACAACUCAAAACGUUGACAAACCUAUCUGGGAAAUUGUUCAUUUAUGCUGCUACAGUGAUCAAAUCCAUUAAGGGAGGUAGUGGAAUUAGAAGAAGCCGGACCAGACAAAAAGAGAGGGUCAAGAGUUUUCUAAGACAAGAAAACAAUACUCCAGAAGACCUGAGCAAGCUAUAUGCUGGGAUUCUAGAAAGUGCUAUUGCUAAAGAAGAGCCUUCCCCCUCCGAGGUUUUGGAAAAUUGGAAAAUCAUUCACACAAUUAUAUCUGUGGGGGAACCAUUAACUUGUUAUGCAAUUACCCAGUUAUUGGGUAUGAACCUAGAGGAUGAUGAUGAUGAUAAUGAUAUUGUGGAAAAUCUUAUCCAGAGGCUCCAAGCAGUGUUUUACAUUUCCAAAUCAACCAACCUUGUAUUCACAUUCCAUGCAUCUUUUCCUGAUUUUAUCAUGCAAUAUGAUCAGGUUAUAUACAAUGCAUCUAUCCAACAUCUUGAUUUAACUUUUUCCUGUUUCACAAUCAUGGAAAAACUCAGAUUCAAUAUCUGCAAUCUCCAUUCCUCUCUUAUUGCUGAUUCAGAAGUUAAGGACUUGAAUGAACGGGUGGCUGAAAAUAUUGGAGAGACUUUGAAAUAUUGUUGUCAAUUCUGGAAUUAUCAUUUCCUGAAAUGCAGUCAAUCUAGCUAUGAAGAGGUUUUGGGAAAGCUUGAGCUAUUUUUGAAGCAAAAAGGGAUAUAUUGGAUUGAAGCUAUGAGUGUCAUGAAACUAUUACCUAGGUGCGGAGAAAUUAUAACCCUCUUGUUGAAGGUUUUGGAACAUCUUCACAGCUUGUUAAUCCAAUUUGCAAGUAGUGAAGUUAAGGAUAUGACCCCACACUUGUAUCUCAGUAUCAUUCCAUUCUGGCAGAACAAUCUAGGGUGUAUACCCUACAUCCAUAAAUCAGUAAAAAUUGAACACCAAGUAGGAAACUGGCAUGCUCAAGACACAGUAACAAUCAACACAUCACCAUUUAUAGUCCGCAGUUUGAAUUUUGCCCCAGAUGGAACAAAAUUGGUGCUUGGUUGUAGUGAUAGCACAGUGAGAAUCUGGGAUGCUAGUACUGGUGUUCAGAUUGGUGAUUCCCUGCAAGGUCAUACAAGGACUGUGAAUUCUGUGGCUUUUUCAUCUGAUGGGACUAGAAUUGUAUCUGGUUCUGAUGAUGAGACAGUGAGGGUCUGGGAUGCUAGAACUGGUGCCCAGAUUUGUGAACCAUUCAAAGACCAUGGCCGGUAUAUUAAUGCAGUAGCAAUCUCACCAAAUGGAACAAAAAUUGUUUCUGGGUCUGAUGAUAAUGCAAUACAGAUAUGUGAUGCCCAGAGUGGUACUCGGAUUGGAAAUCCCCUUCAAGGCCAUGAUCUCAAAGUUUCUUCAGUGGCUUUCUCACCUGAUGGAGGAAAAAUUGUAUCUGGUUCUUUGGAUAGAACAAUAAGAAUCUGGGAUACCAAUAGCGGAGUCCAAGUGGGCAAUCCACUGCUAGGUCAUAGCCAGCAUGUCACCUCAGUAGCAUUCUCACCUGAUGGAAAGAGAAUAGUUUCAGCCUCUCAUGACAAAACAGUAAGGAUCUGGGAUGCUAUCACUGGUUUCCAGAUUGGAAGUGCCCUUGAAGGUCAUGAAUCAUAUAUUCAUACAGCAACAAUCUCACCUGAUGGAACAAAAGUUGUCUCUGGAUCCUCUGACUCAACAAUAAGAAUCUGGGACAUAAGUACUGGUUUGCAAAUAGGUGAUCCCCUUGAUUUCCAUGACAAAGGGGUUGCAGCAGUGGUUUUUUCCCCUGAUGAAACAAAUAUUGUCUCCAGCUCUUAUGAUGAAACAGUGAGGAUCUGCAAUAUAAGUGGUGGGAUUCAGUUGUUGACUGGAUCUAGCCCAGGCUUACAAGGUCAUAAUGAUGCUGUAAACUCAGUAGCCUUCUCACCUGAUGGAACCACCAUUGUGUCAGGAUCUCAUGACAAAACAGUGAGGAUCUGGGAUGCUGCAACUUGUGUGCAGGUAAUGAAUCCUCUGAAGGGUCAUGAGAAUUUUGUUACUACAGUAUCCUUCUCACCUGAUGGGAAAAGAAUUGUGUCUGGUUCUUGGGAUAAAACAGUGAGAAUCUGGGAUGUUCGAACUGGCACUGAAAUUGGUGCUCCACUGACAGUGAAGAUAUGGAAUGCCAGUACUGGUGUCAAAGUGGCUGCUCCAUUACCCAACUAUAACAAUGGUGUUAAUUCUGUGGCAUUUUCACCUGAUGGAAAACAGAUUGCUUCAGGCUCUGAUGAUAAAACAGUGAGGAUUUGGGAUGCUAGUACUUGUGUCCAGUUAGGCAACUCCCUACAGGGUCAUGACUAUAUUGUUACAUCAGUGGCAUUUUCACCUGAUGGAAGAAGAAUUGUAUCAGGCUCCUUGGACAGAACAAUCAGAAUCUGGAAUGCCAAUACUGGUGCACAAGUGGGGGCCCCUCUGCAGGGUCAUGAAGCUGGUGUCAAAGCAGUUGCUUUCUCAUCUGAUGGAACCAAGGUUGUGUCAGCUUCUUGGGACAGCACAAUCAGAGUGUGGGAUGUCUUUUUAGAUAUAGACAAAGGUGAUACUUUGCAACAUGAUUAUAUGAGUAUUGUUUCAAUUGCUUUCUCACAAAUCUCACCUGCCAAUGGUUCACACAUUGUGUAUGACUAUUCAAUGACUGAGGUGGGCAAUACUUUCCACAAUCAGACUGGUGAGUUCUUACAUCUAUUAAAUGAUCUAUCUCUUAUUGAUCAAAGCGCAUAUCAGCCACUAAGAGCUUCAAAUUGGCUAUUAAUGGCUGGCUAUACUUUUUAG